AGCGUACGACCGAGCAUGCACAUGGAAAUGUCUCCUACCGGCGUGCUCGAACAACCGAAUGCUUCUAUGAAAUCGUGUUUGGAAAAUCUCUACAUUCGAUCCGAUUUUGAGGUAUGUGUUGGAUUAGGUGAUCUGCACCUGGGGAUUUAGUUGUGAAUGAGAUCGAAUUAACGGUUUGGGCGAUCUGCUCGUUAGUCGCGCCCGGUGGAGAUCAGCUGAGCACAUAAACAAUAAAUGUAUAAAAUAUUGCUCUAUGGUUGUAUUAUAAAUUGAUGGCGUGUUUUUAGCAUUAGACAUUUAACCAUUUCUUAGCAUUGUGUUCGACUUUACAGCUGUAUUUCUACUCUAGUGGCAGUUGCAAAAUCAAAUGCAAACGAAAUCGAGUGCAUUUGUUUUUAAAAGAAUUAACGUUACACUAGUAUUUGUAAGUGGGUGUUAGUGUGAUGAACCAAUACAAUACCAAUAAAUCCUACCAAAAUAAUACCUAAAGAUUUAUGAUAAGGAAAUGGUAUUUCUAAUACAAACCACUUAGGUCAUUAAAGUACUUUUUUAACAGGGUGUUCUGUUAUGAUCUUAUCUAAAUUCAAAACCAUUUGCUGUUUUGCAAGCACUGAUUACCCCCCACAUUUAUAAUUUUCGUGUGACAGUGUGUUUGGGAUGGAAACUGUGGAGAGUGAUGGUCAAGUUAGUGAUUCCUGGAUGCUGAGUUGAUGUUUCAGAGUUUAUUCUCUCUCACUGCAGCGCGUGAAGCAGGUGACACGGUUAUGUCAAGUUUAUGGGAGCAGGAGUCAUCAGAGAACAGAAGCAUCAGUGGCAGGAAAAUGAACGGCGAAGACACUGGUAUAGGAGGUCCAACCCCAGCAGUGGUGGGGUAUUUGGGAAAAUGGGAAGACAAAAAUGCAUCACCUGGGAAUUGUCCUUGGUGUUUGGCAAAAGGUCAGACAAAUGCUCUCCGGUACUAUGCCAUCAAUUUGGAGGAGACCAUUAUGCUCUGUACAAAUAAAGUGUGCCUUUACCCCCUGGUUAGCAGACCACUGGAAGAUGUGCGUUCUAGUUUGUCUAAAACUCUUGAGGGAUGCAAGAGGAAAUCCUUGAACCAGUCUGAGGUUGAUGACAUAUCCUCCCCUUCAAAACGGCCAAAAGAUGAGAACCUAGAGAUGUUGUCUGCUCUUUCCGAGCCAUGCAAUCUCAAUGCUUCCACCCAUCCGAAUCACACUGAAAUGUUAACUGGGGAACAGUUAAUAUUUGAAACAAACACUGUCUCUAUAAAUGACACUGAGAAACAAAAUCCUGAGGAGGUACCCGUUGGCACUGAUGUGGAUGUUGACUUGGAUGUAGACAAGAAGGAUGAUGGUGUAUCUAGCACUCAAGAUGAGACAGAGGAGAUGGUUGAAUUUGAUAUUGAAUCACCAGUAGAAUUGGUUCCUUUGCAACCUCAUCUCUUCUGGAAAAAUGAAGAUAACCUGUGUUGGUUAGAUUCGUUGUUGGUGAUGCUUGUGAACUGCAGGACGAUCAGGGAGGCUCUGAAUCAGGAUGUAAAUGCACCGGACUCUGUGGUUAGGAACUUUUUCUCGACGUAUGAUAAGACAUGUGCCUACGUAAAAGCAAAGGAACAGCAGUGUGAGGACAAGGUAACCAGAGUCCCAGCUGACGUCCUGAAAGAGGCGGAGCGACAGCUCUCUGCUCUCCGUUUGUCACUCUUCAAACUCCUUCAACCUACACUCAAGUGUGAAAUUGGUCAGGAAGAAACGCCCGUUUUUGCUCUCCCUCUUCUUCUGCGGUCAGAUAAAUGGGCCGAGGAUCUUUUCCAGCACACUGUCCGCUGGGAAUUUAAGUGCACAUCCUGUGGUUAUACUGUCAACAGCAGCGGCGUGAACACUCUUACAACAUUAACUCAGAUUCUGUCUGACUGGCACCCGCUGAAAGCGACUCACCGCACUCAAUGCAGUAACUGUAACCGUAAAAACCAGAGAAGGAGAAUGGUACUUGAGAGGUUAUCUUCUGUGUUUGCUCUUCACUUCGUGGAGGGCCUGCCAAGAAAAGACAUCUCUAAAUACGCAUUUGAGUUUGAGGGCACACACUACAAUGUUAGCACUAUCUUUCAGUACAAUAAAGAUCUCAAGCACUUUGUCACAUGGAUCCGCCAGAGUAAUGGAUCAUGGCUGGAACUUGAUGACUUGAAAUACCCUAACAGCAUCACUCACAAAAGGUUUACGCUCCGUGCCAAGGAAAUUCACGUCGUUUUCUGGGAGCCAGAGUCCAGACAGGACGGUGCUUCUGAGGAUUGCCCGCCGACAGCUCCUUCCGUCACAGACAUUGAUGAUAAACACCUGUCUGAUUUUGCAGCCGAUGACACGUAUGUGCUAAGUGCGAUGACUCUAAGCGAGGACGCAGAUGUCACCAAUACCAGCACUUUAAAUGCAUCUAUAGGCAACACCACAUUACUGGACACGUUUGAGGGACUUUCACACACGGACAUCGUGACCCUCACUCUGGUUGAGGAGAAUGCCGUUACCGAGGCAACACAUCUUCCGGUUCCACAGUCCCCAGCUUUCGUGCCCGCCGUCGUCCCCAAUCUUCCAGUAGCAUCUAGUUUGUCUUCUGAGUGUCCAUCUUCAAGCCCUCAGAAGCACACACAGACACACAGUUCUGGUUCCUCAGAAGUAACUCUAUCCUCAGCAGUGAAGCAGACAGUAGCAACAGAAAUGCAUUCACCCUUACCUCCACCAGCAAUUGCUAGAAAUCCAGUUGGCCUACAACACGCUUCAUUACUUCAACGGCAUCCUUGUUUCCAGUCUACUCCAGUAAGACCUCCUGCUCCGAAACCUAGACCCACUCUGAGAUGCGAGAACAACGAAGCUUACCCAGCAAAGCCGGCCGAAACGUUCAGUGGUUUCUUAACCAAGAAGGGAACUGCUCUGCCAAAUCCAGCUGGGAAUAAUCCUUCCACAGGCGCUAGGAUGUCUUUGACUACUAUAGCUCUCCUCGAGAAGCUCAAGAAAAAGAAAAAGAAACUUGCCAAGCUAAACCAGCUCCUGGUAAACGGAGGAGAAAUCGCCCCGAAGCCGGACAGCACGGCGCUCUUGUCUCCGUACUCUGUCACGUCCAGCACCUCAGCGUAUGACAGCCCAGAAUAUGACCAGUUCUUUGCCGAGCUGUUGUCUCCCAUGACGGUUAGCAACCUCUCGCCUGAUAGUACAGAUCUACAGGAGAUGUUAAACAACACGCAGAAUAGCGAGACGAUGAAUGGAAGUUUACAGUCUGCUUCUACUAUUCCGACUGUGAUGCCUGAACAAACUGUGAUCUACCCCUCCUCCACUGAUGAUUCUAUAAUGAAUCUUGAUGACUUUAUACAAACCGAAAUGGGUCAGACUGCUAUUGACAACACAGAUUUUAAUUCGUUAGAUUUGUUCUUCUGAUGAAGGAGCCUCUGAGAGCCUUCAGUUAAGUUGAUCCUGAGCAUUCUGCUUUUGUUUUAUAUUGAGAAUGUAAGAAUUUUGUUAGAAGAGCAUGUGCUGCAUCAUCGAUUUAAUCUAGAUGUCAUGUCGGAAUCACUUUAAGGUUAGAGAACAUUAAAUGUUUGAGAAUCAAAAUAUGUAUAUGUUCUUGUAAAGUUUUUACAAAACUACAAAUUUUUUUGUCUUUCUGGUUUUUAUAGUUGGCACUAUUUAAACAGUUUAUAUUAAAUGCUCUCCGAAAUGGAAUGGAAUUUUGUGGUCAUUUUUAUGUAAGUGGUGUAAAAAAAUAAGUUGGAAGAGCAUGUACUGCAUCAUCGAUUGAAUCUAGAUGUCAUGUCUGAUUCACGUUAAGGUUAUUUAAUCAUUUAAUAUAUAUAUGUUCUUGUAAAGUUUUAUACAAAACUGUACAGAUUUGUGCUCAAUUUUAUGUAACUUAAAGGGACAG